UAUUAUAUAUGAGUAAACAAACCCAGAAGCCAAAAUCAAGUUCUAAAGUGAUUACAAAGGAAAACCAUGGCGGUUUCUUCUCAAAAUGCUACAACUACGGAACAAGCCACAAUCAAGAAGGGUGGCCUUAGAACAAUACCAUUUAUCAUAGCAAAUGAGACAUUUGAAAAGGUUGCAAGCUUUGGGCUUCUGGCUAAUAUGAUGUUGUAUUUAAUGUAUGAAUAUCACAUGAAAGUCACCACAGGAGCCAAUGUUCUCUUCUUGUGGAAUGCCUUGUCAAAUUUUACUCCAAUCAUUGGAGCUUUUCUUUCUGACUCUUUCUUGGGUCGGUUUCGAGUGAUUGCCUUGGGGACAAUCAUUUCUUUACUUGGAAUUGGUGUUCUGCUUUUAACUGCUGUAAUUCCAAACGCAAGGCCUCCUUAUUGUGACAUAAUGCAUGGAGACAAAUGUGUUGCGGCAAAUCUUGGCCAACGUUUACUACUGUACUCUUCAUUUUUCCUGAUGAGCAUUGGAGCUGGAGGGAUCAGACCAUGUUCCAUGGCUUUUGGCGCAGAUCAACUCGACCAACCCGAAAAACCAGAAAAUGAGAGGAACAUACAGAUCUUCUUCAGUUGGUAUUACGCUUCAUCUGGAGUCUCAAUAAUAUUAGCUGUGACAGUCAUAGUUUAUAUUCAGGAUCACGUUGGUUGGGCUCAGGGUUUUGGAGUCCCCCUGGGGCUCAUGGCGUUUUCAACUCUCAUGUUUCUUUUGGGUACUUCAUAUUAUGUUAAGGUCAAGGGAAACAAAAACUUGUUUUCUGGUUUUGCCUAUGCGGUUUCAGCCGCUUGGAAAAACAGGCACUUGUCUCUUCCACCAAACAACUGUGAUGGUAAUUGGUAUCACAACAAAGGUUCCAAGCUUGUAGCCCCAACUGAUAAACUAAGGUUUCUUAACAAGGCUUGCAUAAAAAGAGACCCUUCAAAAGACUUGACCCCAGAAGGGCAAGCCAUAGAACGAUGGAGCCUAUGCACUGUGAGACAAGUAGAAGAGCUAAAAGCACUGAUCAAAGUACUCCCUAUCUGGUCAGCCGGCAUCUACAUCGCAGCAGCCAUCGGCCAAUCCUUCUGGCUAACCGAAGCAACUAAAAUGAACAGGCACCUGACCCCACAUUUCCAAAUACCAGCAGGCUCAUUCUCUGUCUUCACACUCCUCGCCCUAACACUAUGGGUGGCCUUAUACGACAGAAUCAUAGUCCCACUUCUCUUAAAACGCAACCCAAAACAACAUCAACCUGGGUUAGGCUACAAACUGAGGAUGGGCAUAGGUUUGGCCAUCUCUUGCCUGGCCACCGCAGUGGCUGCCAUAGUCGAGAAAAAGAGGAGAGCACAUGCAAUCAAUGGAGAGAUCAUAUCAGCCAUGUGGCUGGUGCCUCAGUACAGCUUGAUUGGGCUAGCUGAGGCUUUUAACGCAAUUGGGCAGAUAGAGUUUUACUACUCACAGUUCCCUAAAAGCAUGUCUAGUAUUGCUGUGGCUCUUUUCACACUUGGGAUGGGUUGUGGAAACUUGGUUGGGGCUCUUAUAGUGAAGAUUGUGGAUAAUUGUACUCAAAACUUUAACGGUGAGGGAGUGAGUUGGCUCCCUGAUAAUCUCAACCAGGGUCGAUAUGACCACUACUAUUGGCUUCUCACUCUCUUGGGUUUUUUCAAUCUGUUGUACUAUUUUUUGUGUAGUUGGGCUUAUGGAACUUGUGAAAAUAGACAGAUAUGGGAGGAAGAAGAAGAAGAAGCCAUAGUUAGGAAAGAGGAAGAAUAUUUGUCCAAAUCUAAGGAGUCAGCUACCUUUGCAGCCUGACCUAGCUAAUGUAUGUUGAUUAUGGUCUUGCUAUCAUCAAGAGACCAAUCCUAAUAUUAAUAGAAAUAUUACCAGAGU